AUGCUCGCCCUCACAAGCGCAACCGGUAAACUCGGCAGCGCCGUCCUAGCCGCCAUCCUCGAGAACAAGCUCAUCGAUCCCAAGGACCUUGUCGUCUGUACGUCUUCCAACCCAACGGACCCUCGUUUCCAAAAUCCUCGCGACCAAAACAUCACUAUUCGCUAUGGAAACUUCGACGAGCCGGAUAGCCUAACAAGCGCCUACAGAGGCUGCACAGCGCUCUUUCUUGUCUCCACACCGCGUAUAGAAAUGGACUACAACGAUGCUUCCUUGUGGAAAGGUCGCGAGGCACAUCACCGCGCGGCCAUUGAUGCAGCACUCGCUGUGGGCGUGCAACACAUCUACUAUACCUCGCUUGGAUUUGCGAAUCCGUCGAAAGCCGGGGUCAUGCGGGCGCACAUGCGCACAGAGGCCUACCUGCACGAAAUAGAAAAGGCGGGAAAAGUAAGGGUUACGGUGGUGAGGGAGGGGUUGUAUAGUGAGAGUUGGCCGUUGUAUUUUGGGUAUUAUUUUGGGUUGAAGGGGGAGACGAGGAGGGAAGUCGUGGUCGCGGGUGAUGGGGGAGUUUCUUGGACGAGUAUCGCCGACAUGGCGUUUUGUACGGCCAAGGUACUGGCUGCACCUGGUGAAGCGUGGGCCGGUAAGACUUUCUAUCUGAGUCAGAGGCGGACGUGGACUUUGGCCGAUAUUGCGCAGAUUGUGGGCGAAGUUAGGGGCGAAGAGGUGCGGGUGAAGGUUGUGUCGAGGAAAGAGUUUGAGGAGUAUUAUGUGAGGACGAAGGGCAUGGAGAGGCCUGCUGUGGAGUGGUGGAGUAGCACUUAUGAUGCACUUGAGGAUGGGGAGUGUGCGAUUGAGGACCCGACGUUGGAGACGAUGUUGAAGGAGGCUGGACGGACGCCUAAAGCGCUGGAAGAGACGAUUAAGGAGAUGAUGAGAUGA